CUCUUUGGCUAAACGCGGUGGGUCGAGUGAGACUGUUUAGAUCAUUAAUCCUCUUCAUUUAUGACUAGUUAAUGACCAGAAGUAGAUGUCAGGUAAAAACUUGAAGCGGCCCGGUGUGGGGGUCGGGGUGCUGGUCACAGACUUGGCCCAUCCAGGCUGCGUUUUACUGGGAAAACGCAAAAGUGCAAUGGGCAAAGGGAAGUAUCAGCUGCCCGGAGGUCACUUGGAGUUUGGAGAAACGUGGGAGGAAUGUGCUCACAGAGAGGUGCUGGAGGAGGCAGGAGUGCGUUUGGUGAACGUCUGCUUUGCGUCAGUGGUGAACUCCAUCAGAGUGGAGGAGCAGUAUCAUUAUGUCACCAUAAUCAUGCGAGGUGAACUGGACAGGAAACACUCAGGAGAACCGGAAAACCUGGAACCAGAGAAGAACGAGGGUUGGACGUGGACAAGAUGGGACCAGUUUCCUCCUGAGGAGCAGCUCUUCCUGCCUCUGGCUGGUCUGAGACAACAAGGUUUCCAGCCUUUCAACAACACAGCUACAGACAAUGACAGUCAGACUUGUUGAAUUUGAGAAGACCCCUCUCCUCCAGUCUUAGCACUCGCUUUAACAGUGGUCAGUUUACAUGUUUUCCCCCUCAGACAUCACACUGGACGUCACAUUUUAUGUUACUGUGCUCAGACCUGAAAAAAUGUUACAAACAUGAGUGAUAUGUUUCUACCAAGUGUGUUAAAUUCAAUAAAUAAGCUUUAUUAAUGUUAAAAGAUGCACACAUUAUGACAUGCUUAUUGCUUUUACAUAAGUUGUUAUUGGUGUUUGUUAGCAGGUAAUGUGUGUUACAUAAUGAGAAUUAAAAUAUUUCAGUGUAUCAACUUCAGACUUGAUCAGAAAAUUAAGACAAAUAUGAACAAAUAAAGAUCAAACAGCUGAGAGUAUAAAUAAGUUACAUGUUUAAGAAUAUUUUACUA